UAAAAAUGGUAGUAGGUACUUAAAUAAUAGAAAAAUAAUACCUCGUGUAAAACAUUUCUUAUUAUUCCAAUCAUGUUGGCUGCUCAUGCAUACGCUCGAUACGUCAUUUCAGGUAUUUUGUUAUUGUUUUUACUACAUAGAUGCCAUUCGUGGAGGGAACGGGCAGAAGUUAAAAAUCUGUUAUUAGAGAUGUGCCGCGACCUAGUCCAUGAUCUCGCUCGAAAAGGAGAGGCCGUGUGGCUUUACAGGAGAGUAUUUUCUCCAUACGCAAGUUUCGCUAUAGGGGAGCGAGUCUACAUCGUACGGGCGAGAUUCGCAGCCAUGUUGAGAACAUAUUUGCGUAAUCAGAUGAGAAUUAGAAGAUAUACCGUGGAAAUGUUGUUACGAAAUGCAUUAGUUUUACAAAGACGCACUCAGAGUAUAUAUGUCCUGAACGACGAGUUGAUAGAAUUUGAUAUAGAGAUCAGUAAUGAAGGCAAUCCAUUAAACUGGACGAGGUUCGAAAAACAUAACUGCCACGUAGCGGGGCCGCCAUGCGAACUCGUGCCCACAAGAGACGGCUACAGGAGGCGGGGCGCUAUGGACCAAGCUCUUCAACUUAUCGAGAACAGAAGAAAACUCAUCCGAGAAAAAUACCAACCGAAGAAGAAUAAACCCCCUAUAGAUAUUAAUGCAGAACUCAAUCGAUCAAUCAAUUUUAAAUACACGACUUCAUCUGGGUACCCAAACCAGCAAACGGAUGCGGAUUUCGUUAACCUCGCGCCCGAUUUUAUGUCGUAAUCGCCCAAUUUUGAUGAUUAAACAGUAACAUUCAUUUGUC